GUCAACCUUGGAGAGAGAAUGGAGGUAACAGCUGUGGCCACGCAAGGAGGGUACGGGAGCUCCGACUGGGUGAGCAGCUACAUCCUCAUGUUCAGUGACAGCGGGAGGAACUGGAAGCAGUACCGGCGAGAAGAAAGCAUCUCGCUGGAUAUGCAGAGCUUUGGUGUAGACCAGUUAUCUUCCACACUACCCCACCGUACACCCUGUGCCUCUUGGGAAGCAUCCACCAUUCUCCCUACUUUCUAUCCUGAACUCAGGGCCUAACUAGGCUUCUCAGAAAAUAUUUCUCGAAAUAGUGCACUUUUUUCACAGAUUUCCUAGAAGACACCCUCCAAAACAUUGAAUUUUACAGAACUGUUUGGAUCUCUCUCAAUCCUUGAAGAUGCCCAACGUCGACUGUGGCUUGC